AUGUCGCUCGAACCAUCAAGUUACAAUUCCACAGUCAUCACACCGGAGGAUACCGACACGCUCUAUGACGAUUUCGAUGAGUUAGACGGAGAUACCGAGAGUUCGACGGCUUCGUUGACAUCGAGUAUAUUUCACUAUCAAUAUGAGAAUGGACGUCGGUACCACGCUUAUAGGAAAGGCGAAUAUGUUUUCCCCAAUGAUGAAAGGGAGCAAGACCGCCUCGAUCUACUGCAUCACAUCUUCCUGAUGGUUCUGGAAGGAGAAUUAUUUUGCGCUCCCAUUACGCAAAGUAUAUCGCAAGUCCUGGAUCUUGGCACUGGGACAGGGGCUUGGGCAAUGGACGUAGCAGACCUGUUCCCACAAGCAGUUGUCACUGGGACGGAUCUAAGCCCUAUUCAAUCUCCUUGGGUCCCGCAGAACUGUCAAUUUCAAAUAGACGACUUUGAGCUCGACUGGAACUUUUCGUAUCCAUUCGACUUUAUCCACGCCCGCAACAUUGAAGGCUCGGUCAGAGACCAUCGGAAACUAUUCGGACAAGCCUUUGACAACCUCAAAGAUGACGGCUGGUUCGAAGUCGACGACGUAACUGUCGGAAUCUUCUGCGAUGAUGACAGCAUCCAACGAGCUCCAAAUUGGCUCAGGUGGCGCGAUAAAUUGAUCGAAGCAAGCCAUACAUUUAACAAGCCGAUGGGGGUCUCACAGAAUUAUAAGCAAUGGAUGAUAGACGCUGGGUUUGUGAAUGUCAGGCAAAAGAUUUAUAAGGUCCCUUACUCCCCAUGGGCCAAAGACCCGAAGAUGAAGGAAUUAGGAAUGUAUCAGCAAGCGAUGAUGUUGGAAGCUCUAGAUGCAUACUCAUAUGCAUUAUUUACCAGAGUCUUGGGAUGGACCGCAACUGAAAUCCAACUCUUACUCGCCGGAGUGCGAAAAGAAAUUCGCGACCGAGAAGUUCAUUGCUACUCUCGGUUCUAUUUUGUGUAUGGCCAGAAGCCAUCGUCCCCGGGUACCUAGACUACCGUCUCAGAAUGAGAAUUGGGAAUGCGAUGAAUGAGGAUGUUAUGAAAUUGCGGCGUUCUGGGACUUUUAUUGCUGUAUAGGGAUCCUUUCCGGCGUUUGGAGUUUUGUUUCAGGCGGUCGCUUGUCCUUAAGGUUCGAGCAGCCCACACGCUAAAUUUAAGACUAAUUCAAAUUCAAACAAUCGAAUUUAUUCAUAAAUCAA